CGUUCGAGAGUAACACGUGCGUCGCCUGCUGUGUGUUGUUAUUGUCGUGUCGUCGUCGUCGUUGCAUCCGAGAGCUGUGCGAAAAUCACGCUGUAUCUCGGCGAAUUUCACUAAGAAAAACACUUCUGCGUGCUGUCCUAGCCCAGGGCAGCACCCACGGCACCAUGUCGCGACUCAUAGUGAAAAAUCUUCCCCCGAGUGUGAAUAUUGAAGAGUUCAAGAAACACUUUAGUGAGAGAGGAAAUAUCACAGAUGCAAAGCUUGUUCACAAGGAUGGUACAUUCAGAAGAUUCGGUUUCAUUGGGUACGAAAAUGGAGAUGCAGCUGCCGAUGCUUGCAACUUCUUUAAUGGUACCUACUACAAGCAAUACAAGAUUAUUGUGGAAGUCUGUGAAGCUUUUGGGAAAAGCGAGAAGCCCCUUUCAUGGAGAGAAAAGAACAAACAGUGGAAAGAAAAAGAGCGGCAAGAGAAGAUGCUCAAAAAGGAAGAGAAAGCCCAGGUGAAGAAGGAGAUGAAAGCGGCGAAGGAAGCCAAAAAGAAGAAGAAAACCAUCCAGGAGCAGUUACUAGAGCAGUACAAGGAUGACCCCGGGUUCGGCGACUUCCUGAAGCUGAAUGAGAGGGACGCCGGGGAGCCCAAGCAGGCGGAGGAAGACAGCGAGCAGGACGAAGGCAUUGGCAUCGAGGACGGCACGGACCACGGGGGGACGGAGGAACAGGAGGCCGAGGAAGGGGACAGCGAGGAGGAGGAAGGGGAGGGCAAGGAGAAACUCGCCAACAAGAAUCUUUCUGACUUAGAUUACCUCAACAGCCUGAAGUCUGGAGGAAGUGUGGCCAAAGGAGCAGAAAAAAAGAAAGUUCCAAAGGAAAAGGAGAAACUGUACACUGUCAUCAUCAGGACAAAAAAUAUGUGCAAGACUGGGAAACGGACCUUUACGAAACAGAACAUAAAGGCCUUUCUCAAACCUAUCAAGUUUAAAAGUCUUCGUAUUCCAAGAGGCUGCAGACUGGUUGCUUAUGUUGGGUUUAAGACAGAAAAACAGAUGAAUCAAGCAUUGCAAAAGGAUAAAAGUUUUAUUGAUGGUGCCAGAGUGCAAGUGGUGAAAUUUGAAGAAGUUGAAAAUGACACCAAUAAAGAAUCUACUGAUCUGCCAUGGUACACGGCCCAGGAGAAGUUAAAGAAAGCCGAACCUGUGACAGACACCGGCAGCCUUUUCAUCCGCAACCUGUGGUACUCUGUCACGGAAGAAGACUUGCGAGAACUGCUUGAAAAAUAUGGCCAAAUAACAGAUCUCAAUCUCCCUAUUUGCAAGUAUAGACGGAGAGCUAAGGGCUUUGCGCAGGUCACCUUUAUGUUUCCAGAGCAUGCAGUCAAUGCCAUGACAGAGCUCGAUGGAACAACCUUUAAGGGGAGAAUAUUACAUGUCCUUCCUGCAAUAGUCAAAGAAGAAGAGGAAGCUGCAGCAGAGGGAUCGAGUUUCAAGGAAAAGCAGCAGAAGGAAAAGAAGGCGACUGCUGGGGCUGGUCAUAACUGGAACACUCUUUUCAUUGGCAGUGGUGCUGUUGUGGACCUCAUGUCAGAGAAGUACAACAGGUCCAAACAGGAGAUUUUGAACUCAGAAGGAAAGCAAAGUGUAGCUGUUAAUCUAGCACUUGGAGAAACACAGAUUGUGGAUGAAACCAAAAGACUGCAGUGUCGCAGCCACCGUGAGGUUGAACCCACGUACCUGACAGCUAGGACAACGAACUGCACUCGCACCCCCCCCCCCCAACCUCACUUCCUCUGCGCCUCCUAUAAGAACGGCAGGAGGGGCGAGUGGGGACACACGGACAAGAUCACUCCUCAGAGAACUGAGUGA